AUACAUAACAAAUAACUAAGCAUUCUCAAUUACCCUCUAUGUAUGAAUAGUGUUCUAAAGAUAAGCAUAACUUUCCUUGAAGUAAACCUUUCAGCAAGUUUAGUGUGUUUCUCUUCCAGUGAAGGUUGGGAGCAGAAUGGCCUGUAUGAGUUUUUCAGAGCCAAGAUGAGAGCUAGAAGAAAAAAGGAACAGGAAAAGAGGAACAGUGGUCAUGGAGGAAGUCGCUCCAGGAGUCGCUCUCGCAGCAGGAGGAGAUCUUCUUCUCGCUCAAGCUCUCACUCCUCAAAGUCCUCCAGGUCACAUUCUGGUUCAUCUCACUCUCUCAGCCGAUCUCGCUCCUACUCACGAUCAAGGUCCAGGAGCCGAUCCAGGUCUUCUCGGAGCCGCUCUGGCUCCAGAUUCAGAUCCCAUUCAAAUUCUCCUUCUAAGCGCCGUCGUGGUCCUAAAUCUCGGAGCACUUCUCCUUCGUCCAAUACAGGGCUGGGAAGCUCGUCAUCUAAAAUGUCUGCAGACACCAGACUAGGAGAGGAGAAUAAGGGCCACCAGUUAUUAUUAAAGAUGGGUUGGAGCGGUUCUGGUGGCCUUGGGGCCAAAGAACAAGGUAUCCAGGACCCUAUCAAAGGGGGAGAUGUUAGGGAUAAGUGGGACCAGUACAAAGGCGUUGGAGUGUCUUUAGAUUAUCCAUAUGAGAAUUAUCGAAGGAAUAAAAGCUACAACUUUGUUGCCCGGAUGAAAGCGAGAGAGGAAGUCAAUCGGGAAGUCCAGGAACCUACAUCUACUGACUGAGAUCCUUGGAAUUCUGUUUCACUUGGAUCUGAAGGAUGAGCUUUACUGUCCAGGAUGCUUUCACCUCUUACAGAUUUCUCAUUGACUAGAAAGAGUGACAGACAUCACAGUUGUUCUAUUUUAGUGUUAAUGUAACUGCAUAAAUGUCUUUCUUAUUCUCUUCUGGUGUGCUUGACAGAAAGGUUAACACUAUAGUAACAAUGAUUGCAUAUUCAAGUUGGCUCUUAAUAAAAAAAAACCAGGUGUAAUCAUCAAAACGUUUCUCUUAGUUCCACAGAAGCUUGUCUAAAAUGUGUUCUGUAUGGGUCCUUUAGUAGAUGUUUCAUUGAAAUUUGCAAAACUUGUAUGAUGACACAAAUCAAUAAAACCAUAUUUUGUGUUUUAGAAAUCAAUUUCUAUUUAUC